AUGGAGAACUAUUUCCGUCCGUCUCGAGCUGAGGAUGUCGCUCGCUUCGAAAGCCGCUUCUGUCGUGUUAAGGCCGCGAUGUGGGUGCUCUUUGUCUUCGAACUAUUCUCAAUGAUCUUCACCCUGGCUUGCAGCAUUCACAGCGGCACACUUGUAAAUUGGGUCUCUUUCGGUGUUAAGCUCAUUUCCAUCGGCCUGAUGAUUGGUGCCCUUCUGGAGAAUCUCGUUGCGGCCCGUGCACUCUUUGUUUACGAGCUUUUCUAUAAUGUGCUGGCAGUUCCCUAUUUUACUUGGAUAACUUUGUGCUACAAUGAAGUUUUGGGUGCUUGCAAGAAUCUGCCAUACUAUAUUUCAAAAGAGUAUCGGGUCGGCACUGGUAUGGCUGUUGGCUUGGUCUUCUACAUUCUCAUCACCGCAUUGAUCAUCUGGGUGUUCUGGAUUUAUAGCAACUACCUGAAAGUUAAGUCUACCCAAACGGAAGUCGGCUUUGAUGAUACAUUCACACACAAGCAUGAGAAAGCCAUUGAAAUGUUGGAGCCACUGAAACAU